AUGAUGGCUGGCGUGCUUGGUCCAGAGGUCAUUAAAGAACUUAAGGCGAUUCAUUGUGUUGCUAAGGCACUGGGAGCUGUGAAAACCUCUCCACAUGCCUCUUUUAGCCCUGAUGACGGCACAAUUACGGUGUCACAGCAGUCUGGUGAGGAUACCGCGGCCGUUUUAGGUGACAUUGGGAAGAAGUUGGCCGCCGCCGCCGAGAGGCUGGCCGACGCCAUUGAGGCGCAAAUGGGUGAGUUUUUUAACCAUAUGAGAGAGAAGGAGGCCUCGUCUGUCGUGGGGCUUCUUCGAACACGCAGCGUGGUGCCAGAUUUCUUUAAAGUGAUGGGUAAAAAUGAAGUGCGGGCGGGUGACACCAAUGCCGCGUCUCGCAGCUGUGAGAUUCCUGAAAUUAAUGGCAGCAUGCAAAAAAAUAUCAACUCUUUAACUAGUCACCAAUCUGAUUUGCGUGGAGCGACGACAUUGUUGCAAACGUGUUUGUUUCUGAUGAUGGAAUCGGUACUUACAAGAGUGAAUGCUGUCCGCGCUGCAGUUUACAUUGGCGACGUCUCCGAAAAUCCCCGCAUGCUGUGCCGUGUGGCACAAAUCCAUGCAGACGAUAAGUUGCCUCUUGAGGUCAGCUAUGCCAACUCCAGUACACUUAUUACCGCUGUGCAAGGUGGCAUGGCUGUCAACUUUAACAACACCAAAAUGCACCCCAACAAAGACGACAGAGAAGCCAAUGGGCACUCACGUCCUUUUGAAGCACAUUUGCGUUGCCAUUUGCGUGUUCAAAGCGGUAUAGUUGUGCCUAUUGGUAACUACGGUUGUGUGUUGGUGGCUGAAAAGCCGGCCGGGAUGCCGCAGGGUUUUACAUCCUUUGACGAGCACCACGUCUGGGCCCUUGCCAUUCUUUGCGAGGGUCUCAUUCCGCGGUACCCGCGAGACGUUUUUGUUAAGAUGUCAUGGAGCCCAGCGGUAAGGACACUGCGCCAUUGCUCCCGCCUGCCAUCUAUCCUCAAGCCACUUGCUCGAGCCUCCACACUACCAAGGACAGGUUUGACUGUCACGUCUGCGCCUUCCUUAGACACGCUGGCCUCCGUGCCAAGGAAGCUAACAAUACUUCGAGCCUCAGGAAACAGCCCGAGUAUCAUUGGGGAUCCCAAAGGAAUUCCACGGAAACACAUGACAACUGAGGGAAUCUUUCGAGAGGCAGCUGAGUAUGUUAGAAACAUUGAGGACUUGUGGCAAAAAGCGGUUCAUGAGGCCAAUCAAUUACAGCAAGUAGUGGAAGAACAUGUCCGCAAUCUGGAAGAAAAGACACAUCAAAUCACCUUGCUGGAGGAGGAGUUGCGCCGCCUAAAAAGGCAUGCCUUUAGCCUUUGA